AUGAUCGAGCAGGCCAUCAGCAUCGCUUUUUGGCUGUCGAGCCUGCUGACGGUUAUUAUUGUUGCUUUGCCGUCACAGUAUAUCCCACAGUCGGCACGAGGUGAUAAUCGCAAGGAGAAAGUCACGGCCCAAAUCCUAGUUCUGGGAGAUAUUGGACGCAGCCCGCGAAUGCAAUACCAUGCAUUGAGCAUCGCUCGCCAUGGAGGCCACGUUGAAAUAAUUGGAUAUCAUGGUAAGCAAUUGGCAGUGUUCUCUUUCUUAGGUGGACGGGACAUAAUCACCAUGCUAACCCCGGCGGUGUUUCUAGAAUCCGAUCCUCACCCCGAAAUCACGUCCAAUGCGAAUAUUUCAGUUGUGCCUCUUCCUCCGCAUCCUGCUAUUCUGCAAACAAACAACAAAUUCCUCUUCCUCGCACUCGGCCCUCUCAAAGUUCUAUUUCAAAUUGCAAGCUUGUGGCUUUGCCUUGCAUACCGUACAAGGCCGGCGAAAUACUUGCUUGUUCAAAAUCCUCCAUCGAUCCCGAGUCUCGCACUCUCUUCCAUUGUUUGCUACCUCCGACAAACAAGACUCAUAAUCGACUGGCACAAUUUUGGCUAUUCGAUUCUUGCCCUAAAAUUAGGUAACCAGCACCCGUUAGUUGUGAUAUCAAGAUGGUACGAGAAAUUCUUUUGUGGUGGGGCAUUUGCGCAUUUCUGCGUGACAAACGCGAUGGCUCGCAUCCUGAAAGAUGAGUUUGGAAUAACCGGAAGUCCAAUUUUCCCCUUGCACGAUAGACCGGCCAGGCAUUUUAAGCCAGUCUUAGAUGAGGAAGAGAGAACACAGUUCCUACAGUCUCUGCCAGAGUCAACGGCACAUGGAGCCGAGCUGGCGAAUGGUGAUAUUCGUGUCCUUGUCAGUUCGACGUCUUGGACCUCUGACGAAGACUUCUCAGUUUUGAUUGAUGCCCUAUGUCGGUAUUCAAAAAUUGCAUCGGCUGAAAAUCCUGCUUUACCGAAGAUAUUGGCAAUAAUUACCGGCAAAGGACCACAGAAGGAGAUGUAUCUAAAUGAAAUUUCCAAUCGUGAACACGCCGGAAAACUGCAGAAGGUGACAAUUAAAACAGCCUGGCUUAGUACACUUGAUUAUGCAAAACUCCUGGGUUGCGCAUCAUUGGGCGUCAGCUUGCAUACAAGCAGCAGUGGCGUUGAUCUACCUAUGAAAGUCGUCGACAUGUUUGGAGCCGGGUUGCCAGUUGUUGGCUGGAAUCGUUUCGAAGCCUGGCCUGAGCUAGUCACCGAAGGCACAAACGGGCGGGGAUUCGGUAGUGCAGAGGAACUGACCUCUCACCUUACGGACCUGUUCGGAAAUCCCGCCAAGCUGGAGAUCUUGAGAAAAGGUGCUCAGAAGGAGAGCCUACGAAGAUGGGACCAAGAGUGGGAUCCUGUUGCAGGCAGGCUACUCCAAUUGGUUUAG